UCGCCCCGUAUUUCAAAACAGAGCCGGGGCUGCCUCAGAUUCAUCUCGAAGGGAACCGUUUGGUUAUGACCUGUCUGGCUGAGGGCAGUUGGCCCCUGGAGUUCAAGUGGAUUUUAAAUGAUACAGAGAUCACAGCCUUCUCUCCUGAAUACAAGUACAUUAUUACUUCUCUACAGCGCUCGGAUGCUGGGUUUUACCAGUGUGUGGUGAGGAACAGGAUGGGUGCACUGAUGCAGAAGAAGGCAGAAGUACAAGUAGCAUAUAUGGGUAACUUUGUGGAGGGAGACCAAAAAAAGACUGUGUCUCAAGGCAAGGCGGCAGUACUGAACUCCCCAGUGGUCAGCAGCUACCCCCGUCCUGAGGUGACAUGGUUCAGGGACGGGUAUAAGAUAAUCCCCAGUGGCAGGAUCAAACUAUAAUGCAUUUACCCUCGGGAGGCCUAAAAAACAAAAAGGAGACACCAACGAC